AUGGGUGUUGCGGAACAGAGCAAAACCACAUAUCACGAGCUGCAGAGGAAGAAAACUCACCGCUACGUUGUCUUCAAGAUCGACGAAGCCAAGAAAGAAGUGGUGGUUGAGAAAACCGGAAACCCAGCAGAGAGCUACGACGAUUUCUUAGCUUCUCUACCCGACAAUGACUGCAGAUACGCUGUUUAUGACUUUGAUUUCGUCACCUCUGAGAAUUGCCAAAAGAGCAAAAUCUUCUUCGUCGCUUGGUCUCCUUCGACAUCUCGAAUCAGGGCCAAGAUGCUUUACGCGACUUCGAAAGAGAGGUUUAGGAGGGAGCUUCAAGGGAUUCACUACGAGAUUCAAGCUACUGAUCCUACAGAGGUUGAUCUUGAAGUCCUACGCGAACGAGCAAACUGA